AUGGCUUCAUCUGGUUUUCAAGCUAAUGUGAGAGCUUUACAGAAGCAAUUGGAUGCUAAAAAUUUGAUUUAUCAACAUCGACAUAACAAACAAAUGAGCUGUCGUGCUAUGGCCCAAUUGCUGUCAAACACUCUCUACUACAAACGUUUCUUUCCUUACUACUCAUUCAAUGUUUUAGGUGGUCUCAAUAAUGAAGGGUGUGUCUUCACAUACGUUGAUGUUGGUUCCUACGAGAAGGUUGGAUAUAGCUCUCAAGGUUCUGGUUCAACACUUAUCAUGCCUGUUUUGGAUAAGCGUCUAAAGGCUCCCAGCCCUCUUCUAUUGCCUGCUCAGGAUGCUGUCAUUGAUUUGCAUCCUACUGAUUCUGGGGAAGGUGAUAGGACUAACUUCAUACUCAACCCACGAGCCUACAAAAAGUUGGCUCUUCCAAACAUUGACAAAAAGUUACUCAGUUAUGGUGUGGUUAAAGUAGAAUAUAAAAGGAUCUCUUGCAAGUACCCAGGUUACAAGGACAAGGUCACCUACAAGAUCAAUGAAAACAACAAUUAUCCAUACUACUUGGCUUUAAGUGUUUUAUAUGUAAACGGCCAAAACGACAUCACAGCAAUUGAAUUGUGGCAGGAGGAUACCAAACAAUGGAAACCCAUGCGCAGAGCCUAUGGGGCAGUUUGGGACAUGGCAAAUCCACCAACAAGCAGCGGACCGAUCACCUUGAGAUUCCAAGCUACAGCCAGUUUAGGGUACACUUAUUGGGUUCUCUCUACAAAUGCCAUACCCAAAGUCUGGAAGGUUGGGGCUGCUUAUGAGGCCACUGCUAAACUCAUCACUAAAUAAAGUUGUAUAAGGCAAAGGUAAGUUUCUU